GCCUCAAGCUCGGCGCUCCCGGAGGCGCGGACCGUGGGGCCCCGCGCCUUUUGUGUCGGGCUUCGAGCGCCGCGCGCGCUCAUUCACCUCAGCGGCCGCGGGCGGAAGAGCGCACGCGCGCGUCGUCCCAUCGCCGGGCUGCGGGGCGCACAGCCACGCACGCAACCUCGGGCUCGGCUACUGGGCUCAGUGAGAUUAGCCCGAGCGCCCGCUCGCCUCUCCCUCGAGGACUCGGAGCCGCCGGCACGCUCGCCAGGAGCCGCCGCCCCGAGUCUCAGGCUGACGCGCACGCGCUCCCGCCGCCCGGACCGCAGCCGGCUCGCCGCCUCCCACUGCCGCUCCCCACCUCCCAGCCGCGGCCCCCGGACACGCGCCCGCGCACACGCCGGCCCGGGCACGCGCCCGCCAAGAUGGCAGGGGCCGGGGCCCAGCUGUCAGUCGCCGCCGCCGCGGCCCUUCCCCGCAGCUAGCGGCCCCGACGCCCGCCAGGAGAAGAUGAGCCCCCGCCGCCCCCCGCAGCCCAGUCAGACGCGGAGCCGCCGCGCCCGGGGCCGGCUCCCCCGCUAGCGCCCGCGCCCCGCGCCCCGCGCCCCGCCGCCGCCGCCGCCGGGUUGCCCCUGGCCCGGCGCGCCCGUUCCCGGCAGCGACAAUGAGUGAACAGAGUAUCUGCCAAGCCCGGGCUUCCGUGAUGGUCUAUGAUGACACCAGUAAGAAAUGGGUACCAAUCAAGCCUGGCCAGCAGGGAUUCAGCCGGAUCAACAUCUACCACAACACUGCCAGCAACACCUUCAGAGUCGUUGGAGUCAAGCUACAGGAUCAGCAGGUCGUGAUCAAUUAUUCAAUCGUGAAAGGGCUGAAGUACAAUCAGGCCACGCCAACCUUCCACCAGUGGCGAGAUGCCCGCCAAGUCUAUGGCUUAAACUUUGCAAGUAAAGAAGAGGCGACCACAUUCUCCAAUGCAAUGCUGUUUGCCCUGAACAUCAUGAACUCCCAAGAAGGAGGCCCCUCCAGCCAGCGUCAGGUGCAGAAUGGCCCCUCUCCUGAUGAGAUGGACAUUCAGAGAAGACAAGUGAUGGAGCAGCACCAGCAGCAGCGUCAGGAAUCUCUAGAAAGAAGAACCUCGGCCACAGGGCCCAUCCUCCCACCGGGGCAUCCCUCAUCUGCAGCCAGCGCCCCCAUCUCAUGUAGUGGGCCUCCACCACCACCCCCACCCCCUGUCCCACCUCCACCCACGGGGGCUACACCACCUCCCCCACCCCCAUUGCCAGCCGGAGGAGCCCAGGGGGCCAGCCAUGACGAGAGCUCCAUGUCAGGACUGGCUGCUGCCAUAGCUGGAGCCAAGCUGAGAAGAGUCCAACGGCCAGAAGAUGCAUCUGGAGGCUCCAGUCCCAGUGGGACCUCAAAGUCCGAUGCCAACCGGGCAAGCAGCGGGGGUGGCGGAGGAGGCCUCAUGGAGGAAAUGAACAAACUGCUGGCCAAGAGGAGAAAAGCAGCCUCCCAGUCAGACAAGCCAGCUGAGAAGAAGGAAGAUGAAAGCCAAAUGGAAGAUCCUAGUACCUCCCCCUCUCCGGGGACCCGAGCAGCCAGCCAGCCACCUAACUCCUCAGACGCUGGCCGGAAGCCCUGGGAGCGGAGCAACUCGGUGGAGAAGCCUGUAUCCUCGAUUCUGUCCAGAACCCCGUCUGUGGCAAAGAGCCCCGAAGCUAAGAGCCCCCUUCAGUUGCAGCCUCACUCUAGGAUGAAGCCUGCUGGGAGCGUGAAUGACGUGGCCGUGGAUGCCUUCGACUUGGACCGGAUGAAGCAGGAGAUCCUAGAGGAGGUGGUCAGAGAGCUCCACAAGGUGAAGGAGGAGAUCAUCGAUGCCAUCAGGCAGGAGCUGAGUGGGAUCAGCACCACGUAGGGGGCCAGCUGUGCUGCGCUGCGAUGUCGAGCCCAUCUGGCGAUGGAGGACAGCCAGGAGCCCAGGCAGCCCCAGACUCCAGCGCACCAGAGCACACACGGGAGCCCAGGUGCACUGCCGAGAAACCUCCCGACCUGUGAUCACACGUUACAGUGAGGAAACCAAGUGCAACUCCUGGAUUUUUUUAGAUUCUACCUGACACAGAACACCAGGUCUACUUGUCUUUUUUGUAUUUUAUAUUUGCUUAUUUAAGUGUACAUUUCUUUUGGUUUAUAGAGAGACACCCCUAAAUCACCUGCUUCAUUAGAUGGUUUCCAGGUUUUCUCCCAGGUGAUGCUGUUAGCGCCUCAGCUGGCAGUGACAGCCGGCCCGGUGUGGCGCCACCGUGCACUGCAGAGCUGUCCAGCACAGCUCCGUCCCCAGCGAUCAUGGUGUUGAAAUUGUCUGUUAUGCACCACGGUGUCUGUGUUCACACAGUAAUAAAGGUUUACUGUCCGCA